AUGUUCUUUAGUGGAAAUGCCUAUGGGAACAACCGUGGCGGGCGUUCACAAAAUCCUAACUAUAAUUGGCCAAAUUCCUCUUCUGGGUCUGGUGCAGCUAAUGGUUCUGGGUACAAGGGUGGAUUCAGUUCUGGUAGUAGCGGCAAUUAUGGGGGCAGAGCUAACGCUUCAAAGACGGGCGGAUUUAGUUCUUGGAAUCCCUCUAAUGAAAGUGACAGCAGCUCUUUGGUGCCUAUUAGCAAAGACAAUUAUACUCCGGUUGCUUCUGUACAAGCUCGUGAUCAGGCCGAUGUGGAUCGUUGGAUGGUUGAGAAUAAUGUUUCGUUAAAUGGCGAGGAUGUGCCGUGCCCAGUUUUUGAAUUUGAAGAAUCAACCUUUCCAGGAAUGAUUGUUAAUCUUCUGUUAACUCAUUUUCAAAAACCGACACCAAUUCAAAGCAUUUCUUGGCCGGUCGCUUUGAGCGGGCAUGACUUGAUCUCAAUUGCAAAAACUGGUUCUGGCAAGACAAUUGGUUUCAUUUUGCCUUCUAUUGUGCAUGUUCAGUCACAGCCAACACGAAAUCUUCAGGAUGGACCAGCUGUCAUUAUUCUACUUCCAACUCGAGAGCUUGCUCAGCAAGUAGAACAAGUGGCUCAGGAAUACUGCAAAGUUAUGCGAAUUAAUCUUGCUUGCUGUUAUGGCGGUUCACCUAAGGGGCCACAGAUGUCAACUAUGAAGAGAGGUGUUGAUAUUUGUGUAGCUACGCCUGGCCGGCUUACGGAUUUUAUUGACACGAAUGUUGUGAAGUUAAAACGUUGUUCUUUGCUUAUAAUGGAUGAGGCUGAUAGGAUGCUUGAUAUGGGUUUUGAGCCGCAGAUUCGUAAAAUUGCACAACAAAUUCGAAAUGAUCGCCAAACGUUGAUGUUCUCAGCAACUUGGCCACAAGAUGUGCGCAAACUUGCUUCAGAUUUUCAGAAGAAUCCAAUUCAUUUAACUGUUGGAUCUUUGGAGCUUUCUGCCAACCACAAUAUUGAGCAAAAUGUUGAAGUGAUUGAUGAGUAUAACAAAACAAAACGACUUGAAGAGAUACUUGAAGAUAUUUCGAAACAAGUUCAAUCUAAGACGAUCAUUUUUGUCAAAACUAAGAGGAAGGCUGAUGAACUUUCUCGUUUAGUUCGUCAAUCUGGUUAUCCUGCAUUAUGUAUUCAUGGAGACAAAGACCAAAGUGAACGAAAUUGGGUUUUAGAACAUGUGCAUGACAUAAAAUUCGUGAUCAAUUAUGAUUACCCAAACAGUUCAGAAGAUUAUAUCCAUCGAAUUGGGCGCACUGGGCGUCGUGAUCAGAAGGGAACUGCUUAUUCCUUUUUUACAAGUGGAGACAAUGCAAAGGCAGCUGAUCUAGUCAAGGUCUUACAAGAGGCUAAUCAGAACAUCCCAGAAGAAUUAGAGAUAAUUGCGUUUAUGCGUGAUGGACGGGGCAGGGGUAAUGGUCGAAAGCGCGAUUGGAAUUCUGGAAACGAAAAUUCAUAUGGCGGGAGAGGCAGAGGGGGAGGAAGCCGAGGCAGAGGCGAUAGCGGGCGUGGGAAAUUUGAUGGAUUUGGAGGAGGAGAGUCAAAGCGUAUUCGAUAUGAUGAUGAAGGUGAAGCAAGUCCUUACAAAUCAAACAAUUCAAGAGGAUCUCGUAACUUUCGAGGCGGACGAGGUGGCGGAUACUCAGGCAAUUCGGGGCGGUCUGAUUCGCGCUGGUAG